UCAGUGCAUUCACACCGGGACGACAAGCUGACUUGGGACUCUGCGCUCCUGGUCCGUCGAUUCAGACGUAUCACGUUGUUAGCUCUGCAACAUCGUGGUGUUGAAUCGCGCUCACGUUUAGCACUGCGUUCAGCAGGGUGUAUAAUAGUGCUGCGGUCAAGUGUACUGCUAUUAUCACGCUGUCUAUCAUCCCGAUCGAUAUUGACGCAGACAGAGUUUUUUUUAUCGGCCUGGGACGAUAAAACUUGCGUAACCACUUUGGACAAAACUGAACGAAUUUUUCUUUCUCAUUUAAAAAAAAAUAAAAAUUGAAGAUUCACUUUCGUGUGCGCAGUGACUGAGUUUCAUCAGUUUAUCGUUGAUCGCCAAUCUGUCCGGCUGCACCAUGGACAAAGGGCAGCAACCAUCGUUGUGGGCAUGGGCGAGACAUUCAGCUCUGCUAGUUGCCACCAUCGUCGUGAUUUUCGCAGCGUUUAGCAACAGUCUAACUUGGUAUUUGCAGCAACUUUGGGGAGCUUCGGGAGACUUUUGGCAAUCGCUAUGGAAUCGAUUCCUCGAUCGAUUCGGAGACGACGAAUUCAGCCUCUUUGUUUACGGAACGACUAUUCUAACCAUGGGCCUGUAUUGGGGUGUUGGCUCUAUCUACGUCAUGAUGGAUUAUUUUAAUUUACCCAAAUGGAUUCGUAAAUACAAAGUCCAGCUUGGUACCAACGAACCCGUCGACCGAAAGCGGCUCAUCACGGCUGUUGGUCAUGUGUUGUUUAAUCAAAUAUUUGUCGGCAUUCCGUUCGCCGCCUUUGGAUAUUGGAUGAUGAAAAAACCUUUAGCGCCAUUCCGUGAGCUGCCAAAUUUCAGCCGUGUGCUACUAGAGUUGGCCGUUUUUAUCGUCGUUGAAGAAAUUGUCUUUUAUUAUUCACACAGGUUUUUACAUCACAGACGGCUGUACAAAUACAUCCACAAGAAGCAUCACGAGUGGACUGCACCCAUCGCUGUAACUGCUAUUUACUGCCAUCCGCUUGAGCACCUCUUGUCUAAUAUUGUGCCUCCAGCUCUGGGCACAAUCAUCAUGAGCUCGCACAUUUCCACUUGUUGGCUUUGGUAUUCUAUGGCCAUCCUUAGGACGUUGAAUGAUCACUCGGGCUAUCAUUUGCCCUUUUUCCCGUCGCCAGAGGCACACGAUUUUCAUCAUCUGAAGUUCAAUGAAUGUUACGGCUUUCUCGGUAUUCUUGACUACCUUCACGGAACCGACACAUUAUUUCGUUCCUCGCCUCCUUUCAAGCGUCAUAUUGUGUCCUUAGCCAUAAAACCGCUUCGUAUACAGUUCCCCGAUGAGCCCAAAAGUAAAAAAAACCUGAAUGACAAGUACAGCGAAUAACGAGAUCAUUUGGGCUAUAGCGAGCUCGAUCGAUCCCGUCAAACACUACAGCUGUUUCGUUUUUUCGUAUACAUUUUAAAUAUAUCUGAAUGAGUUUA